AUGGAGCGCGUUGCGUCGCAGAUUUUGGCAGGUCGAACGCCCUUGGCCAAAGCCGCUGCUAAAGGCAAGCUGGCAGGACGUGGGCCACUCCAGGAUGCAGCAGCCUAUGAUCUGGAAGUCCUGCAGCGCCUAAGCCUCGCUGAGAGCACACUUGCUGCUUCGGCAGUGGGCAGAGCAGCGCUUGAGCUCGAGGAAGAAGCUGCAGUAGAAGGCUCAGCAGAAGGCCGCAAGAGUGAGGGAGGUCCAGCGGGGCACAUCCUUGCACCGCUUAGCGGCAGGGAACGUCAGAGCUGGCGUGACAGAAUUGGCGGCAGCUGGAAAUGGUCUGAGGCAUUGCCUGAGUUGCUGGAGUUCUGGUCAGAGCAUGGCUUUGGGCUUGUGGGGAAAUACAGCGCCCUUCAAUGGUCCGGCAGCUCCGGAGGCGGCAGCCGGCACGCACUGCUGUGGGACACAUCGCACACCCAGGAGGACACUUGCCUGGUCUGGGCGCGCCUCCUGCAGGAGUUGGGCCCACAGGGGUUGAGGCUGGUGAGGCUGCCUGCCAGCGAGCUGGGCUCCAUAGACGAGCUGGGCCGCACGCUGAGGCAGCACCCGCGCGUGCGUUUUGUGGUGCUCUGCGACCCAUUCACCUUCUCCGCGAGCAGCGCAGCCGCCGUCGUGUCCGCCCUCUCAGGAGGGGGGAGCUGGCCGGCCAACGCAGCGCUGUACACAGUCGUGCACAGCAGCAGAGAGGAAGUGGCGGACGCAUUCAGGUCUUUCCCGGCCAGCCGGUGCCUCCUAGCAUCCCUGGAGAACAAGUUUGGCCUCAAGCAGACCUGGGGGCAGUAG